AUGGACAUGUCCAUCCCCAUGAGGAGAAGCCAUGCUCUGCUGCUUUCAGUCCUCUCUCUCUCUUUUCUGGAGGUCCUCAGCUCCACCCUCCCACCGGCUGCUGCCCCUCUGAUUGACGGACAGCCGUUCAUAGUUGCCUGGAACAUACCCACCAGUGUGUGUCGGAGGCUAGACGUAGCCCUGGACAUGCUGCCAUUCCAGCUUGUUAGCACUCCGGCCAAGGUGACAGGCCAGGACCUCACGCUGUUCUACAAUGACCGUCUGGGUCUGUACCCGCAUGUGAUGGAAGGCACCAAGCAGCAGGUGCACGGCGGCAUACCCCAGAGAGGGAACCUCGGUGCCAGCCUGGCCAAAGCACAGGGAGACAUCCGCCACUACAUCCCAUCUGUGGUGUCCCCCGGCUUGGCUGUCAUUGACUGGGAAGACUGGCGGCCCCUGUGGGACAGAAACUGGGGCUCUAAGAACAUUUACCGCUCCCUGUCCAUCAGCCAUGCCCUCCAGCAGAACCCCUUCCUGUCACCGGAGCGGGCCGUCCCGGUGGCCAAAUGGCAGUUCCAGGUCGCAGCCCGGCGCUACAUGCUCUCCACUCUGUCGCUGGGCACCCGGCUAAGGCCGCAGCAGAGGUGGGGUUACUACUUGUUCCCUAACUGCUACAACUACGGCUGGGAGGAGGCCGGCUACACAGGUCGCUGUCCCCAACAGGUGAUGCGCCAGAAUGAUGAGUUGCUUUGGCUGUGGGAGGGCAGCACAGCUCUCUACCCCUCCGUCUACCUCGCAGCCCCGCUGGGGGAUCGCCACGCCGCCGCGCUCUUUGUCCGGAACCGGGUCCAGGAAGCCAUGAGGAUCGCAGCCCUUCCCAGGCGGGCCUUCACCCUCCCCGUGUACGUGUACACCCGGCCUGUCUUCGCCGACCAGAACCGGCGCUUCCUGAGCGAGGGGGACCUGGUCAGCACCAUUGGGGAGAGUGCAGCUGUGGGAGCUUCCGGUUCUGUUCUGUGGGGGGCCAGUGCCGACUACAACGACAAGGCUUCCUGUGAAGCCUUGUCCUCCUACCUCACCUCCAUCCUUAACCCGUAUGUCGCCAAUGUAACGGCGGCUGCCAGGCUGUGCAGCGACAUGCUUUGCCAGGGCAAUGGACGCUGUCUCAGGAAGAACUAUGACUCGGAGGGCUACCUGCACUUGAACCCAGACAGCUUUGUCAUCUUCAGGUCUGAGGAAGGCUACCUGGUGGUGGGGUGGCCCACCUUCUCUGAUCUGACCACCCUCGCUGACAGGUUCACCUGCCAGUGUUAUGCCGGGCGGAGCUGCUCACCUCAGUUGCCCUCCCAGAUUCCCCGAUCACCCAUUGUCAUUCGCGUGUAA